GGGUUCCUCUCUCCGCAGGGCGCUCUUCAUCCGGCCCUUCAUGCUGCUGCUGGACGAGCCCACCAACCACCUCGACCUGGACGCCUGCGUGUGGCUGGAGGAGGAGCUGAAAACGUUCAAGCGCAUCCUCGUGUUGAUCUCCCAUUCCCAGGACUUCCUGAACGGCGUCUGCACCAACAUCAUCAACCUGCACAACCGCAAACUCAAGUACUACACGGGCAACUACGACCAGUACGUGAAGACGCGCCUGGAGCUGGAGGAGAACCAGAUGAAGCGCUUCCACUGGGAGCAGGACCAGAUCGCCCACAUGAAGAACUACAUCGCCCGCUUCGGUCACGGCAGCGCCAAGCUGGCCCGCCAGGCCCAGAGCAAAGAGAAGACCCUCCAGAAAAUGAUGGCCUCCGGACUGACCGAACGCGUCAUCAACGAUAAGACGCUCUCCUUCUACUUCCCCUCGUGUGGGAAGAUCCCUCCCCCGGUCAUCAUGGUGCAAAACGUGAGCUUCCGCUACAGCAAAGACGGGCACUGGAUCUACAACAACCUGGAGUUCGGCAUCGACCUGGACACGCGGGUGGCUCUCGUGGGGCCGAACGGAGCGGGUAAAUCGACGCUACUCAAACUCCUGACCGGAGAGCUGCUCCCCACCGACGGGAUGAUCCGGAAGCAUUCCCACGUCAAGAUUGGCCGCUACCACCAGCACCUGCAAGACCAACUGGACCUGGACCUCUCCCCGCUGGAGUACAUGCUGAAGUGCUACCCGGAGAUCAAGGAGAAGGAGGAGAUGCGAAAGAUCAUCGGCCGCUACGGGCUCACCGGGAAGCAGCAGGUCAGCCCCAUCCGGAACCUCUCGGACGGGCAGAAGUGCCGCGUGUGCUUUGCGUGGCUGGCGUGGCAGAACCCCCACAUGCUGUUCCUGGACGAGCCCACCAACCACCUGGACAUCGAGACCAUCGACGCCCUGGCCGAUGCCAUCAACGACUUCGAAGGCGGCAUGAUGCUGGUCAGCCACGACUUCCGCCUCAUCCAGCAGGUGGCCCAGGAGAUCUGGGUCUGUGAGAAGAGGACGAUCAGCAAGUGGCCCGGCGACAUCCUUUCCUACAAGGAGCACCUGAAGUCCAAGGUGGUGGACGAAGAGCAUCAGCUGACCAAGAAGAUGCACAAUGUUUGAGCUGCAGCGGCAGCAGCCGGGGGAGAAGGCGGAAGGCCCAGCCCUGCUCCUUCCCCCUCGGACACGGGUGCCGGCCUCCCCGAGGGAAGAGAGAUGGGCAGGGUCCCCCACCCCGGCUGCGCCCGGCCUCCCCUUCGGCUUCUUCCCACCUCUGCCACCCAAAAGCCCUGCAGCCACCCAGCCCCGGCAGAGCAGCGAGAGUCGGCCUGGCUUCCUGCUUCAGAUCCACCACUCCAAACUUCGAUUUCUUUUCAAUAAUUAUUUAUUAGUGUAAUUGCAUUCCUGCCUGAGAAGUAUCGGUCAAUAAAGAGAGGGGAGCUUCA